AUGGCCGAAAAUAAGAAUGAAACUCGCCCAGCAGUGGCAGAAUGUAUUCCACCAAUUAACGUUGUGGUGGAUAGCACCUGGCUGGAAAAGGUGGUUUUUGGUGAUUUUCGCAUUUGGCAUAUUCUUUUUUCUGGCAUGGCCAUCUUUACAGGCAUUACCAUUGUUUUAUGUUGUCUGUUUCGAUGUCGAAUACCGCGCACUAAGCAAGAGAUUGAAGCAGAUUUUCUUCGCAAGAGGAUAACUGAAUCAUUUCGAAAUCAUCUUGAAAAGAUUAAAAUUGAUGAGCUACAAGGCCAAUAUGACACAGGCAAUCUGUUGCCACUUGAAUUAUUUGAAGAAGAUCGCAUUCAGAAAAAUGAAGGGUUUAAAAGGCGAAAACUUACGUGGAGACAAAAAUUGAAGAGAAUAUUCUCAGGCAAAGAUUCAGUGGAAGAGUUUGGAGACAAAAGUUUGGAUAACUCCAAAGGUGACGGCGCAGAAUACACAAAAAUGACUGAAGAAGAAAUGGAAACAGUGGAAAAAGAGGUAGAAGGCGCAAAGACAGACACCUCAGCACUCAACAUGAUCAAUGAUCAAAUUGCCAUUUUUGGAUUUAUUGGCGAAUCAAAAAAAGACAGGAAAAAGAGAAUAAUAGAAGAAAAGAAAGCUGAAAAAGCGGCUAAAAAAGAGCAAAAAGCACAGGAAAAACUAGAGAAAAAACUUGCAAAACAGCAGCCAAGAAAGUCAAUUGCAGGAUCUAGUUCGAGUGCUCGCGCCAAAUCAGCUAAAGCCUUAAUGGAACUUCGGCCUGAUUCUUUGGAGAAAGACCAAAUGCUAUGGAAGGAACAACCUGAGAUGAGGGUCAGCCUUGAAAAUGGAGGAGACUCUAUUGUGAUUGAUAUUGAGAACAGAGACGAUGUAACGCAUUCUUUUGCAUUACCUUCUUUUGAAGCAGAACAGUCCGCUCUGCUAGAUUCAGACAGCAAAGGCUACCAGGAAAUUUCGCUAGACAUUCCUGAAGUGGUUCCGAAAAAAUCGUCUUUAUUUGCUUCUCGGUUUUCAUUUCGCGACACGGUAAACAAACUGAUCUUUCGAGGCAAACCCAAGCAGAAAGAAGAGCUGGUGAUCAACAUUGGACUGGUAAAAAAGGAUGACGAUGGCACUCCACCAAUGUCACCAAGUCUAGUCACCAUUCCUCACAUUGAAUGUUCACCACCUGAUCCAUUUGAGUACGCUCCCGAGCAUCAUCAGCAGCCUUUAGAGCAGCAACACAAGAAACGGAAAAGUAAAAUGAUCAAGAAAGACAGUGUGUUGGCCAAAGAUGAGUCGCUUGAUCGCAAUUUGCUGCAAAUUCCAGAGAUAUCUAAAAGCACCAAAGAGGUAAAUUCUGAGCGAAAAUCAAAAGAAGACAUUGAAGCAGAUGGAAAGAAGAAAAGACGAGAUGAAAAAGGAAAAGAAAAAUUACCUAAAACAAAAGAGAAAGACAUAAAAGCUGAUAAACACAAAGAGAAAGUCCAACCAGAAAAAUCAGAUUCUUUGACAAAAUAUAGUAAAGUAGAACAAACUAAGAAAACUAAAUCAAAAGAAAAAACCGCAAAACCUGAAAAGGACGUCAAAUUCAAAAGUGACUCUUCAAAGCUGUUGUUGCUAAAGCGACAAACUAACAAAGAAGAUGGCCAAAGUGAAAAUGUAAAAGCUCACGAGCCAUUGGAAGUAGAGAAAAAAGACAGAAAGAAAAGCAAACCUAAAGAUCAUGAAGAAAAAGAACUAGAAUCAAUUGAUCAUAAAACUGCAAAAGAACUACAGGAUAAACUUGAUAAAAAAGAAAAAACGAAGCAGAAAAAUGUUCAACCAGAACUAGUCGCUGUAGAAAUGAAAACAAAAUCAAAAGUAAAGCAAAAAGAUGAAAAAAUUGAGCCUUUAAGAGUUGAGCCAAAGAAAGAGAAAGGCAAAAAGAAGCAAAUAGAAUUUGACAAUGAAAGCAUUGAACAGACUAAAUUGGCGCUUCGAGAGACCAAGGAGCACAGUAGUCUUAAAAGCGACCGUCGCCUGGAGACAUUUCCAAUGGUUGUGGAAGAGGUGAAGACUAGACAACGAAAGGAAAAGAGGGAGCCAAACAGUGGUAGGCGUUCUCCUGUUUAUGAUUCUCCAAAAGAGCGCACGAAAGAGCAUCACUCACCGAAAAAGCCUCAUUCUAGCAAGUCAACAAGUGUUAUUAUCACUAAAAAAGAGGAAGUCACUGUUAGGUCGCCUAAAGCCAAAACAGUAAAGCAUUCAGAAAAUGAAGUCGGCAAAGAAAAAGAUUUCAAUCAAAUGGUUACUAGUUUGAACGAAGAGCUUAAAGGGGGGAUUGAUCAACGACAAAAAAAGCAUCUGAAACGGUCAAAAACAAUUAUCGAAGAUGUGAUUGCGCCGCAAGAGGAGAAAGUGUCACGGACUCGAAGUCGAGACGAGUUUAAGAAGCGACUUUCAGAGGUGUUGCUUCAGCGUGUACCUGUAAGAGCCAAAUCACCUCAAAGGGUGGUCGACGUAACAGACGCGUCUUCCAUCAUGUCCACAUCAGUGGUGCCACAGAAAACGCCAACAAGCUACUCAGAGGGCACUUCAUUUGGUUUGAUUGCAGCUAAGCAAGCUCGGCACGUUCGAAUAGUCACCAAACAGGGGACAAGCUCUUCAGAAAUAGAAAUACCUGUUGAGCACGUGUACACGCAAGGGCUAAGCUGCGUUCACGUCCAUUCAAGACCUGGUGACAUUCUGGGCACUGAUGAGCAAGAAGCACUGCUGCUUGAGGGGGCUCAGAUUCGCCAUCCCUCACCGACUGCACCGGUGACCAUAUCAACGCCCCCCGUGCCCCGUUCACCAACACACUCUACUAUAUCAGUGGUGACGGACAACAUCGUGAAGAAGAUAGUCGAAUCUUCACCGGAAACGGGAGAAAAUCGAGAACUCACGUAUGAACGUUCUCGAGAUGUCAUCUUUGAUGUUGAUAAGUCUCAGCCUUCAACAAGCUCAGCUGGUGUCAGAGCUAAACCUAAAAAACCCGAAAAGCCAUCAGCGAUACAAACUCCUACUGAGCAGUCGCCCAGCAGGCGCCAUCGAACAAGAGAUAAAGCAAAGGAGAAAAAACCUGACAAAGACUGA